GUGGUGCGAGCGCGGAUUUGCGAUCGUCCCGUGGAACCAAGUGAUUGGAAUUAAGAAACAAGAAGACAAGUACGCAACAAGUGUGCAAGUCGCCCAAUUCAUCGGUUAUUUUAACUGUGGGGGUCUCAUCUAAAGGCAGCAGUACGGCAGCUGUGAAGUAAACCAAGUCCAGGGACUUAAGCGUGUCAUCACACAAGUGCAACACCGUCCAAAUAGACAAGCUUUAAGCAUGGGUGUUCCCAAAUUUUUUAGAUGGAUGUCUCAAAGAUAUCCCUGCUUGAGUGAGGUGGUCAAGGAUUAUCAGAUCCCAGAGUUUGACAACCUGUACCUGGACAUGAAUGGCAUCAUUCAUCCAUGUUCUCAUCCUGAUGACUCAAACCCACAUUUUCGCAUCACUGAGGAGGCUAUUUUCCAGAAUAUUUUUCAUUAUAUUGAGGUGCUUUUUCGGAUGAUCAGACCCAAAAAGGUGUUCUUCAUGGCUGUGGAUGGAGUGGCGCCGCGCGCAAAGAUGAACCAGCAGCGAGGCCGCAGGUUCCGAUCAGUGCGCGAGGCGCAGGAUCGCGAGCGCGAGGCGCUCGCCCGCGGCGAGACGCUGCCAUCCGAGAAGCGCUUCGACUCCAACUGCAUCACGCCCGGCACUGGCUUCAUGUGUCGGCUCAACCGGCAGCUGCAGUACUUCGUGGCCAUGAAGAUGUCAACGGACCCGCUGUGGAAGGGGCUGCGCGUCAUCCUCUCCGGCCAUGACGUGCCGGGCGAGGGCGAGCACAAGGUCAUGGAGUUUAUCCGCUACGAAAAAUCGCUGCCAGAGUACGACCACAACACGCGCCACUGUCUGUACGGCCUGGACGCCGAUCUCAUCGUCCUGGGGCUGUGCACGCACGAGCCGCACUUCGCCCUGCUCCGGGAGGAGGUGCUGUUCACCAGGCAGCAGUCCAAGCGGACGACGGUGCCAGAGGAGAUGACUUUCUACCUGUUACACCUCAGCCUCUUCCGCGAGUACCUGGAGUACGAGUUCAGUGACCUGAAGGCUGCGCUUCCGUUCGAAUUCGAUAUUGAACGCAUCAUUGACGACUGGGUUAUGAUGGGCUUUCUGGUGGGUAACGACUUUGUGCCGCACCUACCCAACCUGCACAUCAAGGAGGACGCCCUGCCAAUCCUGUACAGCUGCUACAAGCAGGUGCUGCCCACGCUGGAAGGGUACAUCAACGACGGCGGCACGCUGGUGCUGGACCGGUUCGAGGCGUUCAUGCAGCAGCUGGCCCAGUGGGAGAUGGAGAGACUGGAGGACUCCGCCGCCGACCGGCGCUGGCUCAGGAGCAAACGCGGACCCGAGGACGUGCGGUAUAAGAAGACCGGCUCCAAGACGAAGUUCAAGCUGAAGGGGCGUGAUGACUUCGAGGACUUCAGCAUGUUCGACGCUCUGGAUGGUGUGGUAGAGGAGGAGCUGGAACCAGCUAAGAACAAGUCUGUGUUCAGUGAGAUCCACACCAACAUCGAUGACGAUCUGCUGGAGGGGGACGAGUCGAUGGCCGAGCUGGAGUACCGGCAGCAGCGGCGCCACUACUACAAGACCAAGAUGGACAUUGAUAUCACGCCCGAGGCGGCCGUGCGGCAGGCGGUCGAGUUCGUGCGCGCCGUGCAGUGGAUCCUGCACUACUACUACGACGGCGUGUGCUCGUGGUCGUGGUUCUUCCCGUCGCACUACGCGCCAUACAUCGGCGACGUGCGCGGCUUUUGCGCCGUCGCCGACGUGGUGCGCUUCGACUACGGCCGUCCGUUCCUGCCCUACGAGCAGCUGCUGGCCGUGCUACCGGCCGCCAGUCAGGACUCUCUACCCGAGUGUCUGCGCCCGCUGAUGACGUCGCUGGACUCGCCCAUCCUCGAAUAUUACCCGGAGAACUUCGAGACGGACCUGAACGGCAAGCAGCAGGACUGGGAGGCUGUCGUGCUGAUUCCCUUCAUCGAUCAGGAGCGGCUGCUGGCAGCCAUUCAGCCGCUGUACGCCCGACUGACAGAGGAGGAGCGAGCCCGCAACGUGCACGGCGACGCCCACGUCUUCCAGUACACCAGCCAGGACCAGGGGCCCACCGCCUCGCCCGGCUACUUCCCGGCGCUGGAGCGGACAUACGCGCGCGUCUCGGUGCGCCCGCGCGAGCCAUUCAUCGCCGCCCGUUCGGCGCUGCGCAAGGGCCUGCUGCCCAACGCUCGGCUCGACCUGCUGUUCGUCGGCUUCCCCACGCUCAAGCACGUGGCGCACUCGUUCCACCUGUCGCGCCAGAAGGUGAAGGUGUUCAGCCAGCCGUCGAACGGGGAGAGUGUGAUUCUGACGGUGAAGGACCGCUGGGAGGGUAGCGAGCCGGACGCGCCGGCCGAGGCCAGACGGCUGCUGGGUCGCGCCGUGUUCGUCCAGUGGCCGCAUCUCACAGAGGCCAAGGUGGCGGCCGUCUCGUCGGUCGAGAGGCGCUACACGCUAAAGCCCGGCUCCGACCAGCUGGUGGUGGAGAAGCUCACCGACGCCGACCGGACCGUUUGGAUCGGCCAGAUGCAUGACAUCAAAAACGCGUAUGAGAGCCGGUUCGGCAUCCUGACGGGCGACGUGCCGCUGCUGGUGUACGGGCGUCCGAUGACUGGGCGCAGGUACAUCGCCACCAGCGCCGGCAGCGUCACGCUCGAGAAGCAGUGGUCGCCGACGCCGAAGCCGUUCGCGCUACAGACGUGCGUCCGUGACCUGGACACGCUGGACCAGACGUUCUCCCAGUACGGAACGCUGGACGAGCUGUUCAGCGCCGGCUCCACCUGCUUCGUGCUGAAGGCCGAUUCGUACGGAGCGAUGGGCAAGGUGAUCGGCGUGAGCGAGAAGGGCCGCGUGCGGCUGGACGUGACGCUCGCCUCGGAGCCGGACUUCACCAAGGUGGAGCGUCGGCAGGCGCGCCUGACCGCCUCUUACUUCCCCGGGUACGUGGCGGCGCAGAAGCUGGGCGUCACGUCCCACCUGGUGUCCCGGCUGACCGGCUGCAUCAUGCUGAUGCAGGGCGCCACGCGCAAGCCCGGCCAGGGCAACGUCGUCGGCGAGUUGGCAGAGCUCACGGCCGACCGCGAGGCCAAGUUCAACUGUGCCAUCGAGGUCAAGCACAAUAAGAAGAAUGAGGAGAUGCCGGGCUGGUCGCGGCGCCGCGACAACGUCUGGCUGUACUCGGCUCGCCUGGUGGAUGCGCUGCGCGAGUACAUGGCCAAGUUCCCGGAGUUGAUCGAGUUCAUCGGCCGGAACACUGAUGGUUUCAAGUUCUACGAGGGGGACGUGUGGCCCGACACCGAGAUCAGGGCGCGUCGCGUCAAGGAGCUGCGGGAGUGGCUGCGCGAGCUGCCCUGCAGCCGGGCCGAGCGGUGGCCUUGCGGCGCGCCGCUGCUCGAGCCGGAGGUGGUGCAGGCGCUGGAGCAGGCCGUGGACGCGCACCGACCGCGCCCGGCGCACACCAGGCUCAGCGUCGAGCCCCACCUGCUCUAUAAGUCUCUUAGAGGGGCCAGCGGCUUCCUGCGCAGCACUCUCGCAACGCUCCUUUCUCACUUUCCCGCUGAGGAGGAGCACGGCAAGAGGAUUUCUAUCAUACUCGACAUGGGCAACGCCGGGCUCUCCAGCGUCGACCUUCCCUUCAUCCAGGUCCUGAUCAACAUGUUCAAGCUGUACUACCCGGACAUGCUCAACUACAUCAUCGUCUUCGAGAUGCCAUGGAUAAUGAACGGUGGGUGGUCCAGCUUCGGCUCCUGA